GGCGGAUAUCACACGUUUGAAAUUUUUCUCCACCGUCCUCACUCCUCACUACCGACGCCCCCACCGUUGACGACUCACCGCUCGGCCGAUUACUGUGACUACAGCCGCCGCCGAUAGAAACCACCGUAGUGCGCAUUCGGUCACACACACACACAACACAGUACACCGACAUCGUUCGGACGGUGCGGGGAAGGAGGCGGUGAUAUUAAUCAGCGAGUAUUAAUUUAGUUUUGUUUUUUUUUUUUUUCCCAUUCCGUUUUGUUUUUGUUUACUCGGCCGGUGACGGAUGAAAUCAAACCGCGUCUCAACGAUAACGUCGCGCGUGUAGACAGUCACUAGUUAGUCGUUUUUGUUCAGACAUUGUCCGAAGCAAGACGUCGAUCCGCCGGGUUUUCCCGUUCGAUCAUUUCGCCUAGAUACAACGUCCGUCAGGCCGUCAGUCAGUGUUUCGUUUCCGUCGAUCGUCAUGCUACCUUCUGUACCGUGCUGGUCUGAUUAUCUGUUGUCUCUGUCGACCGUCAUCUGCGAGAUUACCUAUAUUGUAUAACAUAUAAAUACAAGUUAAAUAAACAAUAUUAAAUUGGCCUAUGAUUUCGAAAAUUAAGAAUUAUUUAACUAAUAUGAAAACAAAUAGAACAAAAUGACUUCAAGUGAUUUGGCUCAAAAACCAUUUUAUUGCCGCGAAUGGGUAUUCCAAAAAUUAUUACAUUGCUUUGAUCAAAGAAGCAAUUGGAAAACAUGUGGAGCACUUCUAGUUGGAGGUGCUGGAUGUGGAAAAACUUCACUGUGCUGCGAAAUUGUUCAUCCGUCCGGCAGACAACAACGUGCAUUAAACAGAAGACUAUUAGCUUAUCAUUUUUGUCAAGCUCAAAAUAUAAACACAUUAUCAGUUACACAUUUUAUUCAAAGUUUGGUUUCACAGUUAUCUGAUUCAUUGCCCAAAUCAUACAAAGAAAGAUUAAAAUCUGAUCCAGCAAUACAAGAAUCUUUAUCUCCAAUCAAUAUAGUAAAAGAUGCUGAUGAUGCAUUUAAAAAAGCUGUUAUUUUUCCACUAAAUGAUCUUGAAUUACCAAAACAUACAAUGUUUCUUCUAGUUGAUUCAGUUGAUGAAGGAUUAUGUACAAACGAUAGAUCUGAUCCAAAGUUUAAGAAUAAUUCAAGUAAAACCAUUACAGAGCUAUUAGCUACACAUCAUCAUUUAUUUCCCCAAUGGUUGAUGCUUAUUUGUACAACACGUAGGCAAAAUAAAAAUGUUGCUCGUAUGUUCUCUGGUUUUCGUAAAAUUUGCAUAGAUGAUCUCCGUAAAUCACAAGUUGUUAGAGAUAUACAACAGUACAUAUUGAGCCGUUUGGAAUCAGAAGAAUCUUUACGCCAACACAUGAGUAGAGAUACAGCUGAAAUGUUAAAUCAAUUGCACAUAAAAAGUAAUGGUUGUUUUCUUUAUUUGGAAAGGGUAUUAGAUGGAAUAUCUGACGGAUGUGUAGUCUUGAGGGAAAUAAAAGAUAUUCCUGGAACUCUAAAUGGAUUGUAUUUAUGGUUUUGUCAGAGGCUUUUGAAUUCAAAACAUUUUUCAAAAGUGCGACCUUUGUUAAAUGUUAUUUUAGCAUCUCCAGAACCUUUAUCAGAAGAACAAUUAAGUAGUAUUAUACAUUCUGUAUACCAAUACAUGUCAGUUGACGAAUUCCACAAACGAUUUAGCUUAUUAAGAAGAAUAUUUUCAUUACCUAGAGAUUCUAAGAUAAUACAAUUUCAUCACAGUUUUGGAGAAUGGUUCCUAGAUGUCAAACAUUGCACUAGAAGGUUUUUGUGCUCUGCAAAUGAAGGACAUGCUAUGAUUGCUUUUCAUUAUACACUUAGAUGUUCAAAACCCCCUGCAUAUGAUGAAGUUCAUAAAUUAGCCUACCAUUUAUCAAGAGUAAAUCCAUUACCGGUCUGGACAAACUUUUCUGACACAAAUUUAUUGCCAUUACUAUGGUUGAUUGAUAGUGGAGCACAAAUUGCCGAUAGUAUGACAAUACCUUGUUAUGAUAGAAAAGCUGUUAAUUUUUUGGAAGGAGCUAGUAAUUGUUUUAAAUCAGACGUUGAUCUAAAAUCUAAUAAGUUUGAAACAAAUUUUGGAUUAGUGUCAUCGCCAAAAUAUGAAAAAAAUUCAGUACUUUAUUCAAAUACCUUAUUACCUUCAAAUUUAUAUGAAGUAGAUAUCAAUGGCAGGAAUACUUUGCAUUUGCUUGCAAUGGAUGGAAGUUUAAGUGUUCUUCAGGAUUUAUUAAAAACUCACUCAGAUAUAAAUUUAGAAGUAAAUGACAAUAAUGGACAAACACCACUUAAUAUAGCUGCACGUCACGGUUAUCUCGAAGUUGUAGAGCUUCUAUUAAAAUAUAACUGUAUAAUAGAUCAUGCAGAUGUUGAAGGAUGGACUGCUUUAAGAGCUGCUGCAUGGGGUGGUCACUCACAAGUGGUGGAGUUAUUACUUAAACAUGGAGCCAAUGUAGAAUGCUCUGAUUGUGAAGGGCGUGGAGCAUUACGUGCUGCAGCUUGGGGAGGUCACAAUGAUGUUGUGAUAAAAUUACUAGAAGCUGGCGCAAACCCUAAUACUACUGAUGGUGAUGGUAGAACUCCAUUGAUUGCUGCAGCGUAUAUGGGCCAUGCGCAUAUUGUAGGAAGAUUGCUGGAUACUGGGGCAGAUAUUAAUCAUCAAGAUAGUGAUGGCCGAACUGCUUUGAGUGUUGCUGCUUUAUGUGCACCUACUAAUGGAGGAUAUGCCAAGGUUGUCACUUUAUUGUUGGAAUCUGGAGCUUUUGUUGAUCACGAAGAUAAAGAUGGAAUGACACCUUUACUUGUUGCCGCAUUCGAAGGCCAUAGAGAUGUUUGCGAGAUUUUAUUAGAAGCCGAGGCUGAUGUAGACCAUUGUGAUAAGUUAGGUAGAACACCUUUAUGGGCUGCUGCAUCAAUGGGACAUCCUGCUUGUGUUUCACUUUUGUUAUUUUGGGGUUGUUAUGUAGACAGCAUUGACAAUGAAGGUCGUACUGUACUCAGUGUGUCUGCAGCUCAAGGGAAUAAUGUUGUAGUGUCUCAGCUACUAGAUAGAGGUCUUGAUGAACAACAUAGAGAUAAUUCUGGUUGGACACCAUUACAUUAUGCUGCAUUUGAAGGCCAUCAGGUUGUUUGCAGAACAUUGUUGGAGAGUGGAGCAAAAAUUGAUCAAACUGAUAAUGAUGGUAAACCACCAUUAAUGUUAGCAGCAGAAGAAGGGCAUUCGGAUUUAGUAAGUGAAUUUUUAAAAAACUAUGGAGCCCCUCCAGAUCAGAAAGCUCAUGAUGGAAGAACUGCUCUAAGAUUAGCUGCAUUAGAAGGUCAUAUUGAAGUAGUUAGGAGUCUUGUAGAAUAUGGAGUUGACGUCAACAAAAAAGAUGCUGAUGGUCGAAGUACUCUUUAUGUCCUUGCUCUUGAAAAUCAUUUAGCAAUGGCCAAAUUUUUUAUUGACCCAGGUGGAGCAGAUGUUGAAAGCACAGAUUCUGAAGGCCGUACUGCUUUACAUGUUAGUUGUUGGCAAGGUCACUGUGAAAUGGUAUCUUUAUUGUUAAAACUUGGAAAAGCUAAUUUAAAUGCAACUGAUAAUGAAAAUAGAACACCUCUUCACUUGGCCGCAUGGCAAGGACAUUCUGUCAUCGUCCGAUUAUUAAUUGAACAUGGUGCUAGUGUUAAUCAUGCGUGCAAUCAAGGAGCAACAGCUUUGGGCAUUGCUUCUCAAGAAGGUAAUGAGACUUGUGUUCGAUUAUUGUUAAUGCAGGGAGCAAAUCCAUUAGUAUCUGACCAUUGUGGACGAAAUGCUAUAAAAAUUGCUGCUAAAAGUGGUCAUGACAAUAUUGUUAAGCUACUUGAACAAUUUUGUCCUUUAAAAAACGAAAGUAACGGAUUUAAUACAGCUAAUACUUCUUGUGGUUCUGGUUCAACAACUGAAACUAAACCAUCCUCAGCUAUAUUAGUUAAUCCAUUAUUAUCUUGCACUAAUCAUGCUCCGAUUCAUGAUUCAUCACCAAUUGAAUCACCAGAUUCAACAGCUAAACGAACAUCGUUUGUUUCAAACUAUAGUAAAUCCAGUUCUAAUUUGACUGAUAGUACUAAAAGUUCUCACCAAGAUUUACCAACACAAUUGACACCAUUGACGUUUACACAAAAAUUACAACAAUGUAGUCGACGUAUCAAGUCAAGACCCACUUCUAAAGUUCUAAGUCCUCUGCAGAGUCCUAUAUAUGCAACACCACCUCACAGCCCCAAUUCAGAAGAACCAUCAGCUCCAAGUAUUCAAGUAUUGACAGAUGAUCAUUUUUCACGUGACACUCAUAUGCGAAUUAUUCUUGGUAACAAGGCUGUGUUAAAAAAAUCCACUUCCGAUUCAAAUUACAACAAGAAUUUAGGAAACGUUAAGCAAAAACGUAAUGGAAUUGUUACAAACCCAGCAUUAAGAAUAAUGCCAGCUAUUCGUAAUGGUCUAGAAAUGGCUGCUGGACGUAAAAAUAAAACACCUCAUUUGCCCACAGAUAGUUUUAAAUGGCGAAAAGAAACGCCUUUGUAAAUAUAUUUUAUAAACCCAAGUAAGUUAUUAUUAAAGAUGAUUUUUUUUUUUUUUUUGUAAAAACUUGAUUUAAGAGGUUGCCAUUAUUUUUUAAUUUCUAUGUAUGGAUUGAAGACUAACCCAGUAAUAAAGUUAGAAAUUACCAAUCAUCCUCUAGGCCUAAAUCAAUAAAAUAAAUGUAUUAAGUAAUAAUUUAUACUUUAGAUUUAUAGAAAUUAUGUACAUUUUGUAUCAAGUUGAUCUAAUUUUGAUGAAAUAUAUUUUUUUAUGUUUCCUUCGUGCUCUUAAGUAUUUGUGGCCAAUAAAAUAAUAUUAUUAUUAUCUUUUAAACAUGAUGUGUUUCAAGAACUAAGUAUUUAUCAAAUUCAUCCAUUUGUAAGACAAUUAUUAUUUUGGUUGUACAGAGUAAUUUUGUAACUUGACAUUAGAAAGAAAAAACUGAUUAAUAUGUGUAUACUUAGUUGUAAGUAUGGUUUAAGAAUAGUUUAAAAAUAGUGCAAUCUAAUUUUAAUAUGAGAUAAUGUUUCUUAAUGUUAGAAACUGAAGUAAAUUUAAACAUCGCUAAUCAUCCUAUAUACUGGGUGGGGCAAAUCAAACAGUGCAGUUUUGAAAGGUUGGUACUUCACGUGUGGUGGGGAUAGUACGAUUAUGGUGGUUUCAUUUCGUCGGGCAGGCCAUGCCGUUAUUAGUCAUUACCAUGGUUUGGUCUGGUGAACAACGUGGCUUUGCCGUCCGUACAUUUUUUGAAAAUGGUCGAUCGUUCGUCGCAACUCAGCGAGCGUUCCGGCUGCAGUUUAACCUUGCGCGUCAUGAUACCGUCCCUCACCGUAAUGUUAUCGCGAAUUGGGUGCGUACAUUUGAAGAAACUGGAUCUACACUAAGACUUAGAGGUUCAGGAAGACCCAAAACGGUAAGAACACCUGAAAAUUUGAUAAGAGUGAGUGAAGCUUUUGUGCAGUCGCCUACGCGUUCUGCCCGGAAACAUUCAAUUGCAUUGGGCAUUUCUAAUCGGUCAGUAAGGAGGAUUUUGCACCAAGACUUAUUCUUCCACCCCUACAAAAUUAUGAUUGUCCAAGAGUUGAGUCCACCCGACUAUGAAAAUCGCAUGAAUUGCUCACAAGAAAUGUUGAACCGGAUCCAUGUGAGGUCAACAUUUUUCAGUAGUGACGAGGCUCACUUUCAUCUCAGUGGGGCGGUGAAUAAGCAAAAUUUUCGCUAUUGGGCAGAAAAUAAUCCACGGCAAAUUCACGAGACACCUCUUCACUCUCCAAAAGUGACCGUGUGGUGUGCGAUUUCAAAAUUUGGGGUGAUUGGGCCUUAUUUUUUUGAGGAGAAUGGACAAACCGUAACUGUCAACGCUGAACGUUACGUUUCCAUGUUGGACAAUUUUUUUGAACCUCAAUUGGAAGAGUUAAUGGAAGAAACAAAUAUGGGGGACAUCUGGUUCCAACAGGACGGGGCUACAGCACAUACUGCUCGAGUUUCAAUGACGAAGCUGCGACAGAUGUUCCCUACACAUCUCGUCUCUCUGAGGGGUGAUUUGAGGUGGCCUGCGCGCUCACCAGACUUGAGCAUUUGUGAUUUUUUCUUGUGGGGCUACCUGAAGGAAAAGGUUUUUAAACAUCGGCCUCACACGUUGGAAGAACUCAAAGACCGAAUUAGGGAGGAAAUUGGCGCUAUACCAGUCGAAAUGUGUCAAAAUGCGGCAGAAAAUUUCAGAAAUCGCCUUCAUCAGUGUAUCGCUGCUGGCGGCCAUCAUCUUUCUGAUGUCAUUUUUAAAACUUGAUAUAUAAAACGGCAUGAUGUACUGAAAAAAAUUAAAUAAAUAUAAUUUCUGUAA